AAAUGUCUUGGCAAUGGCGAGUGGUGGGAGGAAAGACGAAUGGUGGAAGAUGUGUACGAGAUAGUGCAGAAGAUGGAAAAAGGAAAUGGGUGUUAUAGGAAAUGAGUUUGUUACCAUGCUAUACAUCAGUUUGAGGGGAUGGGAUAGAUGUUCUUAACAGUGAAGAAUUUAAAAGUUGACAAAGCCUCACGAUUUAGAAAUGCCGGAAAAUGCUACAUCGUCGGAGUCCUUCAACCAGGAUGAUCCCCGCUAUAGAAUUACAAUGCCACAGCAAAUGGCAGCGUCGUGUACGGGAGCAUUGUUGACAUCUCUUGUAGUGACGCCAUUUGAUGUGGUGAAGACGAGAUUACAAACACAACAGAAGAGACUACUGUCAAAUAAAUGCUACUUAUACUGUAAUGGCCUUAUGGAUCAUUUAUGUCCGUGUGUCAGCAACGCAAAUGGUUCCCAGAUACCAAUACGAAUGCCUACGCCGAGCACACAUUUCAGUGGAACAGUGGACGCGUUCGUGAAGAUCGUGCGGACGGAGGGUGUGACGUCACUGUGGAGUGGCCUGAGCCCCACACUGGUGCUGGCGGUGCCACUGACGGUGAUUUACUUCACGUCGUACGAACAACUGCGGCUGCUGAUCCGUGACCGGCACGGUGGUGUGCAGCCUGUGUGGGGACCACUGGUGGCGGGUGCCGUGGCGCGCACGUGGUCCGUGUCUGUCGUCAGCCCACUGGAGCUGGUGCGCACCAAGAUGCAGUCGCGCCGCCUCUCCUACCUCGAGAUCGGGGAGGCUCUGAAGACUCUGUACCUGACCCGUGGGGUGAUGGGCUUCUGGCGCGGCCUGGGCUCCACACUGCUUCGUGACGUCCCCUUCUCAGCACUGUAUUGGCUGAAUUAUGAGGCACUCAAGAGCAAGUUCGGUCCGCCGACACCGUCCGUCAGCUUCUCUUUCUUUGCCGGCGCCGUGGCGGGCUCGAUUGCUGCCAUUGUAACGAACCCGUUUGACGUGGUGAAGACGCACCAGCAGAUUGAUGUCGGUGAAAAGGAAAUAUACUCAGGCAAGAGGAAGCCCGGCGGCCCGUGGUCAGUUGUGGCCAACGCCAUGGCGGGCUCUCUCCGUCACAGCAAAGAUCCCCCGAAGCGAGGUAGCUCAAUGGCGGAAGUUCUGCGUCGCAUCUACUCGCAGCACGGCAUGCGUGGGCUGUUCGCAGGACUCACGCCGCGCCUCGUCAAGGUGGCACCGGCGUGUGCAAUCAUGAUCUCGAGCUUCGAGUACGGCAAGAGCUUCUUCCGCAGGUACAACGAGCGUCGAACGCCACAGCGGCGAAUGCCGCAGCGGCAUGCCGGGCAAUACCGGACGACGGUAUCUGCCCCCGCACCCGGCGUGCAUGCCAGGAAUGGGGCGAUGGAGGCGCCGGCGUGGCAGAGCCGCCGGUCAGAUGAAUAGGAUGGGGGAGGUUUCUGGCUGGGUCGGAAAUUGUCAGCAGGCCGGUAGUGGUUUGAUCCCUCAGUCUGCCCUCAAAAGUGCGUGCCGGGCAAAUUUUUUAUCCCCUUGAGAGUACGAGUUCAAUGCUGCAUAUUUCUAUAUUUUUGGGAAAUUUUUUGUUCUCUUAAGUAUGGCAGGUCACAGUGAAGUCACUUCAUGUAAAAGCUAGAUGAUUUAUUUCUAUACCCAUCAGAAUAAAUAAUUUGUGAUGCAAAUAUUUUUCUUUUAUUCUCUUACUAGCUCUUGUUUAUUUCAUUAUUUGCCCCCUCUGGGAUGGUUUCCAAGUUUUCUGAUACUUCUAUUGUCUUCACCUCCAGUAUAAAUAGAAACGGCUUUAAAGUGUAUGAUAUUAGAAAAUUAUUUUAAAUUCUGAAUGAAAAUAAUAUUGAGGCAGUGAAAUCCACGAGAUGCCUCAAUUAGUAUUGGAAUUUCUUGUAAUUUCCUUCCUCUUAAAUAUUGUGCAGACUGUCAGGGGACUAGGAAAUAGGAUUUCGGUGUGAAAGAAAGCAAAAAUGAACACAACACAGUAAGGGAGAAUACACUAGAGGUGUGCAAAAAUGAAAGAAACAUUUCAGUGAAAUUUUUUUUAGAAAUAUAGAAAAUUGGAGUACAGUGAGACUUGAGUGCAAGUGGGAAGAGAGUAAAUCUCGUCAGUUUAGAAUUUGGUACAGUAUUGACGGCAUUAUUUCUUCCUUACAGGAAAUUUCAUGCAUGUAUAGGUUUAAAUGUCGAUUGCCACGCAAUUGGAUACUUUUGGGUCGAAUGAUUCUGGCAGACUGAUGUGAGCACAAAGUGGUGGAUGGGCAGGACGUGGCAGCAGUGACCAGGGUUCCACUGCAAGUAACUGGAGAGAUCUGCCACAGGCUACUCGGGCGAGACUCGAGCCGGCACUCCCGUACUGACCUGGUGAUAUUUGUUUUAAGCUGUAACAGUUGCACGCAGGGAUUCCCUAUAUUUCUGUGCUCGGCAUGUGACACCCUUAGUUACCACUAAUAAUAGUUUUCACUACAUAAAGGGUAACAUACUGGUGGAUGGGUCAGCUAGCAAUGUUUUCCCCAAAGGAUUUCCUGUUUAGAUUUAUGCUCUGUUAAUGGAUUUUAUAGAUUUUUAUGAUAUUAUGUGUAGUAAUGUGGCAACAGAUGUUUGUUAACCACUUUAAAAUGUAGUGUAUAUUCUGAAAUGCAGUGAUGUGACGAUGCACUGUAGCUGAUAUGUCUUGCAGAGCUUAUAUUUGUGGUUUCAUUUGGGCAUUUGUCCCAUAAAGGGAGAAAUGGUGGCACGGCACUUCCUGUGCCUGUAGAUUUAAAGUCUGAUGUCAAUGUAGAAUUAAAAGGAGGAGAGGAAGCAAGAAGAAUAAGAAAAAGCAACAGCAAAAUUGGUCAUUUUAUUUCAAAUUGACCUAUAAAAUUGUUUUAAAUGUCGAUCACAGGAGUCUUAUUAGUGUUGAGCAAGGUGAAGCUCGCACUGGCAGAUGUGUGUUGCUCUAUUAACUGCAAGAUAAUUUACUGUUUGUGAGAAUGUUAUGUUAAAUCAUUAAGAGUUGUGACUGGAGAUCCACUUGCAUCACAAUAUCCGACUUGUGCAUCACAAAUGCUGACUUUUAAAUUUUAUGUGUGGGAUUUAAUUACCCAAGAAGACUGUUGAGAAGGGCAUGUUACAUGUACACAGUAAUAAUGUAUGAAUAAAGGACUGUGAAAAUGGUA